AACUUUUAUUUUGAAUAAUUGUUUUGUCCCGUGUUGUGCACGCUGUUUAGAAUGUGUAGCUAGCUAGAGACCAGAGGAUGUCUGACAACGCAGAAGCUCCCACAGAAAUACACAAAUAUGAGUCCUCGGCACAACAGAGCGUUACUGAUACAGGAGAUACUGGAUCGACAGGAGAGAAGAAAAAGAUUGACGUGCUCUUGAAGGCAGUCGGAGACACCCCCAUAAUGAAGACAAAGAAGUGGGCGGUGGAGAGAGGGAGGACCGUGCAGUCACUCUCUCAGUUUAUCUCACGCUUUCUUAAACUUGAGCCUAGCGAACAACUGUUCAUUUACGUGAAUCAGUCAUUUGCCCCAUCACCGGAUCAAGAAGUGGGUGUGCUUUUUGAAUGUUUUGGCAGUGACGGGAAACUUGUUCUACAUUAUUGCAAAUCACAAGCCUGGGGAUAAUUCUCCAAAACACACACACACACACA